AUGAGUUUCUCCGUGAAGAAGACCGGCGGCAGAAUGUGGCACGAGGCACGCAAACAGGAAAAGAAGAUCCGCGGCAUGCUGGUCGAUUAUCGUCGUAGAGCGGAACGCAGACGGGACUACUAUGAAAAAAUCAAAUCAGAUCCUACUCAAUUUCUCCAACUGCAUGGUAGACCAUGUAAGAUACAUUUGGAUCCGGCGAUAGCUGUCGCUGGUGAUAGUCCUGCAAACAUGAUGCCAUGGCAGGGCAAUGAAGACAAUCUCAUAGAUCGUUUUGAUGUACGGGCACAUCUAGAUUGGAUACCAGAGUCAAUGGAUACUAUCGACGUUGAUAUUGCUUUGACAAGUGAAGACAGACACAUCAACUACGAGCGUUACCGUAUAAUUGUGCAAAAUGAAUUUCUAGGCGUAACUGAAGAGAAGUUUCUUCAUCAAAUACAUUUGGAGGAACAGUUUGGUUCCUCAACAAAGUUGGAUGCUGCAAAAGAUAAGAAGAAAUCUGCCAAUAAUGCUGCUAUUGGAUAUAAUUAUGAAACUGAGGAACCGAUACCCGAACCAGUAAAAACAGUGGAUCCAGUUAUAUCAGAAGAAAAAGGAGAUGAUGAAGAUAGUGAUAUAGAUUUAGAUAUAUGUGUAGAUGUGUCUCAAAUAGAGCCAUCUCAGGCGCAUGAGAUGAAUUUAGUAGCUCAAAAAUAUGGACUUUUAGGUGCUGAUUAUUUUAGCUUUUUAACACAAGAUUUUGAAGAAGCUGAAACUUUGCGACAAGCACGUAAACAAGAGGAAGAGAAAGCUAUGUACUCGGGUCGACGUUCACGCAGAGAAAGACGUGCGUUCAGAGAAAAAAAGAUGAUAGGUCGCGUUAUGAGUCCACCUAGUUACGCAGCUAGGGAAAGUCCAGAGUAUAAUCCUUAUAGAAAGUCUUCUUCCAAAUCGCGAUCGCGGUCCACAUCACCUGUAAAUACGGGACAGAUUACUUACAUUACAAGCUUUGGUGGGGAAGAAGAGACUCACGGUAGCACAUCGCAUGUAUCUUCGUCGAAUUCAAGAAAAGUCAAUUAUUCAUAUCUUAGACGGCGGAGGUCAGAUAGUCCUGCUUUCAACGAUAGAACUGUCAGUAAGAAAAUAUCCAAAUCCAGAUCGAGAAGUUGUUCACGUUCCGUUAGUAGGACUAAAUCGUAUAGGACACGCGAUAGGAAACGAAGUGGAUCUAGGAUAAGAUCUAGACGAACACGCUCGAGACACCGAAAGUAUACAAGAUCCCGUACGAGAAGUCACUCCAGACGAUCACGAACGCGAAGUAGAUCACGAUCGCGCUGUAGAAGUGUCAGCAGAUCUCGAUCACAUUCAAUUUCUCGAUCGAGGACAAGGUCUAGAUCACGCUCGCGUUUGAAGAGGUCGAGAAGCUCAUCUUCGAGCAGCGUAUCGAAAUCAAGAUCAAGAUCUAAAUCGCGCAAUAGGAGCCAUUCUAGAGACAGUUAUCGGAAGAGACGCUAUUCGCUAUCGAAAUCGAGAUCCAAGUCGCAUUCAAGAUCAAAAUCGCCAUCAAGAUCUAGAUCGAGAUCGAGAAGUCAAUCUAGCUGUAAACGAACAAGAAGCGAUGAUAAUAAGACGCCAGCAUUACCUAGGUAUUAUGGCCGACGUGGAAAAUCGUCAAGUCUUGAACUGGAAUUGUCUGAUAACGAAGAAAAAUCCAGUCCAGUACCGAAGACACCGAUAAAUACAAGCGUGAGCAAGCCAAAAGCAGGGUUAAGUACAAAUUCUGGUGGCGGACACAAAUCGUUGAAAAUCACACCCCAGGAGCGGCUUAAGAAGAAAAUGCAAGCCCUGUUAAACAGACAAUAUAAAGCUGACAAGAAGGCCGAGCAGUUAAGAAUGGAAAAGAUGGAGCAACAGAGACAAGAUCGGGAAGACGAGAUUCGAGAAAUGUCUCUAAAACUUCGUAGAAAACAAAGAGAACGAAGACAUCGUUACGAAGGCCACAGUUCCGACACGCGAUCUUCCGUGUCUCGUACACCGAGUCCGAACCGUAGUCCACGACAUGCUAUACGUCGCGAUAGGCGAGACGCAGACGGCGAUCGUGAGCGGGAUAGGGAUAGAGAGAGAGAAAGAGAUCGGCGCGAUGAUCGCGACCGGAAUAGAACAGAGUCACGUAGGAGAUACAGAGAUUCACCACUUCGUUCACUGAGUCCGAGGAACAAUCGAGGCCUAGUUGACUAUUGACUUCGGGACACGUGCUUAAUCUUCCAUCCAAACGAUUUGAAACCAAUGUUUUGAAUACUUCCCGUACGAAAUAACGAAUACUUCAGUUGCAUUCCUUCUUCAAAACAGUCGUUAAUGUCCAAAAGAAUCGUAUAAACGAGGGAAAGGUGUACCAACCUGCCGAGAAACAAGAUUGUUCUAAAAUGCCUCACAAUUAUAUACAGCGUGACUUAAUCCGAUAUUAUCAAAUAAAUGCAAGUAUUUGUUUUUUUUUUCGCUGAUUCGCGAUGCGUAUGUAAGAAUUAGAAGAAUCGCGUGAGUAUAGUUAAUAGCUCAUUGCGAGGAUCAUGUCUACAAUUAUUAUUUCAUAUGCAAAACAAGAAAAUAUGUAUACUACAUUCUAGAAUUGAGUGCACUCUUCGCUGUACUUUUUAUUGUUAAUAAUUCUUCAAUAAUAAAGAUGUUCAUUUCUCAACAGGGAAAA